UUUGGCUUUAGUUAAAAAGCAGUCAAAGCUUGUGUGAGAAAUUAGAAAGGAGUGCGAAGAAAUCGCAACAGCUAGAUAGCAACAUGUAGGCUACUAAAUUAAGAAGAAGCUGGCAAUUGACAUCAAGUCUUUUAGUCAUGUCAUUCAAUCUAGCAACAGCAAUCUUAGCCUAUUUUCUGGUCCACACCGCCGCUGGUGCAGCAGCUUCUGAUGAUGCUGGUUUCGUCUAUCAAGGAUUUCAAUCAUCAAAUCUAAGCCUGGAUGGAUUAGCCAAAAUCAUGAGCAAUGGCCUCCUACAGAUAACCAACACCACGAAAUUAGAAACAGGGCAUGCCUUCUAUCCUAAUCCCAUCAAUUUCAAGAGCAAAUCUAACAGUUCGGCCCUCUCGUUUUCCACCCAAUUUGUGUUUGCUAUAGUACCCAAAGUCUCAGGAGUGACUGGUCCGGGAAUGGCUUUCGUGAUUGCACCAACAAGAGGCCUUACCAGAGGGCCUUCCACACAGUUCCUCGGCCUUUUCAAUAGAAGCACCAAUGGAAAUCAAACAAAUCACGUUUUUGCAGUGGAGCUUGACACUUUCCAAAACCAAGAUUUUGAAGAUAUCAAUGACAACCAUGUUGGUAUUGAUAUUAACUCUGUGAGCUCCAAGAUAUCCCGGCCAGCAAGUUACCAAGCUAAUAACAAGAAUUCAUUUGACAACUUAACUCUUUGCAGCGGUCAACAGAUGCAACUUUGGGUGGAAUACGACGGGGUUGAGAGGAGAAUCGAUGUUACAUUAGCUCCAAUAGCGGCUGCUAAACCACAUACUCCUCUUUUGUCUUUGAGAUAUGAUCUUUCGCCAAUUUUACAGCAAACCAUGUAUGUUGGCUUUUCUGCAGCCUCUAGCCCAAUCGAAAUAGGAACAUCUCAUUAUGUACUUGGAUGGAGCUUCAAGAUGAAUGGGGAUGCGCAAGCUCUUGAUCUCUCUCGGCUUCCCAAGCUGCCUCGGUUUGGACAUAAGAAAGUCUCUAAAUUUUUAAUCUUGGGAUUGCCCCUGAUUUGCAUACUUAUGUUGUUAAUACUAACAUCUGGAGUAGCUUAUUAUCUGAGGAGGAAGUGGAAGUUUGCAGAAGUGCUGGAAGAAUGGGAGCUUGCUUACGGACCUCACAGGUUCAAGUAUAAAGAUCUAUACAUUGCCACCAAGGGGUUCAGAGAAAAAGAGGUGUUGGGAGAAGGCGGAUUUGGCAGGGUCUACAAAGGCGUUUUGCCAAGAAAUAAGGUUGAGGUUGCCGUCAAGAAGGUCUCUCAUCAAGCAAGACAGGGAAUGAGAGAAUUUGUUGCAGAAAUAGUCAGUAUUGGUCGCUUACGACAUAGAAAUUUAGUACCGUUCUUGGGUUAUUGUCGGCGUGAAGGAGAGUUACUUUUGGUAUAUGAGUUCAUGUCCAAUGGUAGUCUAGAUAAGUUUUUGUAUAACCAACCCAAGUAUACCCUCAACUGGAGCCAAAGACUGCAAGUCAUCAAAGGUGUAGCGUCAGGAUUAUUCUAUCUACAUGAAGAAUGGGAGCAAGUUGUGAUCCACAGAGAUGUAAAAGCCAGUAAUGUACUGUUGGAUGGUGAACUGAAUGGAAGAUUAGGAGAUUUCGGCCUGGCAAGGCUAUACGAUCAUGGGACACUCCCUCAAAGCACCCAUGUAGCAGGAUCUCUUGGCUAUCUUGCCCCGGAGCAUAAUAGGACUGGGAUGGCCACAACAAGCACUGAUGUAUAUGCUUUCGGGGCCUUUUUGCUAGAGGUUGCCUGUGGAAGAAGGCCAAUAGAACCCCGAGCUGAACCAGCAGAGAAUAUCGUUUUGGUAGAUUGGGUAUUUUCGUGUUGGAAAACAGGCAAUAUUCUCCUAGCAGUUGAUCAAAAGUUGGGCACUGAGUAUGUGAAAGAGGAAGCCGAAUUGGUGUUGAAAUUGGGCAUGUUAUGCUCUCAUUCAGAGCCUAAGAUUAGGCCAAGUAUGAGGCAAGUUCUGCUGUACUUGGAGGGGGCAGUUGCCCUGCCAGAUUUAUCACCACUGGCCAUGGGCGUUUCUGCUGUUGGUCUUGGCUUCGCCCAUCCUGCUGGCUUUGAAGAUAUUACAUCGUCAUUUGCAUAUUCCACAGACAAAUGUUUCACACAUUCUGUAGCAGACUCUGUUCUCUCUGGUGGUCGGUAAUUGAGAUGCUUAUAUUAUUUUGUUGAGUGCAUUUUCUGACAUAUCUGUUCUAUGUUUUCAAUCUUUCUACCCCGUAGAACCCCUUUGUACUAUUUAUGAGUGUGGUUUUAUGAACUAGGGCGUUUCAAUAUGCACUGUUUUAAUAUUGUAAGUUUUUGUUCUUUUCUCCUA